AUGGAUUACUCAAUUCAGAGGUUGCUCCACGACAAACUAUAUGAUAAAAGGAAGCAAGGAGCUCUAGAACUCGAGCUGAUCGUUCGCGAGGCUGUUUUCAAGUCGGAACAUGAGAAAGUAGCGAGGAUUGUCGAGCAGCUUUGUCAUGACUAUGCAUACGCCGUACACCAACCUCACGCCCGAAAUGGUGGUUUGAUUGGUCUGGCGGCCGCUUCGAUUGCCCUAGGAUACGAAGGAGUAGCACCUUACCUGAAAGAGAUCGUGCCGCCCGUUCUGGCAUGCUUUACUGAUCCAGAUGCGAGGGUCAGAUACUAUGCUUGUGAGAGUAUGUACAACAUCGCCAAAGUAGCCAAGGGGGAAAUUCUACUUUUCUUCAAUGAUAUCUUCGAUGCGUUAGCCAAGCUUGCCUCGGACAUUGAACUUUCGGUGAAAAAUGGCGCCGAGCUUCUCGAUCGGUUGGUCAAGGAUAUCGUUGCGGAGUCUGCUGCCUCAUAUGUCUCUGUGCUGCAAUUAUCAGAGAAAUCAGCAGACGCCGACCCAUUCGAGGAGGUCGAGCUGCCCACGGCGUUCUCACUCGAGAGGUUUCUUCCCUUGUUGAAAGAGCGGAUCCAUGUGAUUGUUCCGUUUACUCGCAACUUUCUAGUCUCUUGGUUGACUCUGCUGGAUACUAUCCCUGACCUCGAGCUGAUUAGUUAUUUACCGGAGUUUUUAGAGGGCCUGAUAAAAUUCCUGGGUGGACCCGACCAAGAUGUCAAUGUCUCAACCCAUAACCUUUUAGAGCGAUUCCUGCAAGAGAUCAGGAGGAUCACCCGACUGAAAAAGGGGAUCGAAGAAAAUCGCAAGAGCCAAAGUCGCAGGCGCUCCGUUGCAAGCGACUCUGCCAGUAUGAGCGCCAAAACCGAGCAAACGGUAGACACGGGUGCGGGAGAAGGAAAUCAAUAUGAUAUUGCGGUGGAUGACUCGGUUUCAGAAUCACUCCUCGACGAUGAUCUCACUCAGACAGAGGGGGACUGGAUACCGGGGCAGGACGUACAAAUUGAUUUCCCCAAGAUCUUGGAGAUUCUGGUCAGCUUCAUUGACCCCUCUUACGGUAACCAUCCUUCUCAUCCGCCCUACAUGCCCAACACUAACAUGUUUACAGAGGAGGCAAUGCAGGUCGAAGCCCUGCGUUGGAUCGAUUCUUUCUUCGAGUUCAACCCGGAAGACAUUCUUCCGUUUGUCCCCCGGCUUCUCACGCAGGUGCUCCCGGCCAUGUCUAGUGACGUGGAAUCAGUCCGACAGGCAGCCAAUCGAGUCAACAAGUCUCUUCUUGAGUAUAUUUACACCCUUUCAGAUGAUACACCCGAGGAAGCAGCACAGGCUCAAUCGAAGACUCCUUCCGUCGCGCCCAGUAAGGAUGGCGCAGAAAGAAAAUCUUCGGAGACGGUCAAUGAGGUUAAAAAGUCAGUCCAAGAGACUUCUGGGGCGACACCGCGUAGCAGUAUCGUUUCAACUCCAUUUCAACCAGCCGAUCUUGAUUAUGCCGCGGCGGUUAACUCUCUCACCCUCCAAUUUCUUAAUGAGAAUGAAACCACUCGGGUAGCUGCACUCUCUUGGCUUAUCAUGUUACACCGCAAGACGCCCCGCAAAGUGGUUGCGUUCAACGACGGUACCUUCCCAGCUCUAUUGAAAACUCUGUCCGACCCAGCAGAAGCAGUUGUGACAAAGGAUCUGCAACUCCUGUCGCAGAUCUCCAGAAACAGUGAAGACAGUUACUUUGCUUCUUUCAUGGUGAACUUGUUACAGCUCUUCUCCACUGAUAGACAUCUGCUUGAGGUGCGCGGAAAUCUCAUUAUCCGACAACUAUGCCUGAACUUGAGCCCAGAGCGUAUCUACCGGACGCUGGCGGACUGUCUGGAAAAGGAAGAGGACCUUGAAUUUGCCAGUAUUAUGGUCCAGAACCUCAACAAUAACCUUAUCACCGCACCAGAACUGUCAGAUAUGAGGAAGCGACUGAGGAACCAGGACUCUCGAGAGGGCCAAAUGUUUUUUGUUGCUCUAUUCCGAUCCUGGUGCCAUAAUGCCGUCUCCACCUUCUCUCUGUGCUUGCUCGCCCAAGCCUACGAGCAGGCAUACAACCUCCUCCAGAUCUUCGCCGAACUCGAGAUGACAGUCAACAUGCUCAUCCAGAUCGACAAGCUGGUACAGCUUCUCGAGUCUCCCGUGUUCACCUAUCUCCGCCUCCAACUCCUCGAGCCCGAAAAAUACCCAUACCUGUACAAAUGUCUUUAUGGAGUCCUCAUGCUCCUCCCCCAGAGCUCCGCCUUUGCUGCCCUCAAGAAUCGCUUGAAUAGCGUCAGCAACAUUGGAUUCCUCCAUGGUGCACCCCGCAGGUAUGGAAAUGUCCAGAAACCCCACCAGGGAAAGUCGCCGCUAAAUGCUCCUUUCAGCACCGCUCAAACCGCACCCUCGUACGAACGUCCCACUGGAACUAGAAUCAAACGCGAGGAAAACAGCAUCCGUUGGGUCGAUUUGCUGGAUAAAUUUAAGGCAGUCCAGGAACGUGCUCGUCGUUCACAGGCUCAACAGCGCCACUCACUUGAAUCUACUGACUCACUUAACCCAUCUCUUUCUGCUGCGCUUUCGGCUGCUACCGGUGGCCGCGAUCGGUCUGGUCUCCCUGAUACACCGCGUGGUGGUCCUGGAAUGAUGAGUCCCGGAACUGGUGGCCUUGGACUUGGUGUUGUACCUGGUAUGGGUGCUCGUGGUGUGCCGGAACCCAGUCCUAAAGCUGGUUCGUCGUCUAUUCUGGGAUCUGCGCAAAAACAAAGAUCGAGUCUUCCUAACUUGGGAAGUCGGUUAGGUAUUGGAUCGCGCAAAUCCAAGAAACCGUAG